AAAUCCAAUCGCUCCUGCAGGUCAAUAUAAAUUGCUAACAUCAUAAGCGCUUGACCGUAGUUCGUUCUUGAUUAGCAUUCAAUCGAUUCGUUGUUUUAUACAACCACCUUUACGUAUACACGCCGAAAUCGAAUUUAUCAAGUCUUUUUAUUGUCACAGUAAAUUCGUACACAGUUAUUUGUAUCGAAAAGAUGAUUUAUUAUUCUUGCCUUAAAUGUUCGUCAAACGUGAGAAUUUUAAAACGAUAUUUAUCUACGGUCAUGGAUGACGUAUUGUUUGAAAUUAAAAACGAUGUUGGAAUAAUUACCCUUAACAGGCCGAAAGCGUUGAACUCUCUUAAUAUUUCAAUGGUCAAGAAAAUCAACCCGAAACUCAAGGAGUAUGAGUCCAAAGUCCGAAUGGUGAUUGUCCAAGGAGCUGGUGGGAAAGCUUUCUGUGCUGGGGGUGACGUGAAGUCUAUCACUGAAAAUGGUGUAUGCGCUAAAUCAAUUGAAAUGGGUACGGAAUUUUUUAACCACGAAUAUUCAAUGAACAGUGCAAUUGGUAAAUACAAAAUCCCUUAUGUAUCAUUAAUUGACGGUAUUGUGAUGGGUGGUGGUGUCGGAAUAUCUGCGCAUGGAAAAUACAGGGUAGCUACCGAAAAAACGCUAUUCGCUAUGCCAGAAACAGCAAUUGGAUUAUUUUGUGAUGUUGGUGGUAGUUACAUUUUGUCCAGAAUGGACCGAAAUCUUGGAGUGCUACUAGGUUUAACUGGGCUAAGGCUAAAAGGCAGUGAUGUGGCCAAAGCGGGUAUUGCCACACAUUACAUCAAUAGUUCAAAAAUCGAAAGUUUAAAAACCAAACUAAUUGAAGACAUCCGGGAUCCAGAGAUUGUCCUUAGGGAAAACACGGACAGCCUGGACGAUGUAAAGUUCACCAUGGAACCGCUCAUGAAUAAAAUAAAUUCAAUAUUUAGCCAUGAAAGAGUUGAAGCAAUUGUUGAUGCUUUGAAUGAAGAUAACUCAGAUUGGGCACGAGGAAUACUUAAAACGCUUAAAGAAGUUAGUCCCACAGGACUAAAGAUUACUCGAAAAGAAAUAUUGAAAGGAAAAAAUUUGAGUUUAGACGAAUGUUUAAAAAUGGAAUAUUGUCUAGCUUAUAGAAGUAUUGAAGCCAAAUAUUCUUCUGACUUUUUUGAAGGUGUCCGUGCGUUGUUGAUUGAUAAAGAUAAGAAUCCAAAAUGGUCUCCAUCUUCAUUAGAAGACGUAAAAGAUGAAAUUAUUGACCAAUAUUUUGAACCAUUACCUAAUGGUAAACAAUUGCAGUUUAUAUAAAUAGUUACAUUGAAAUAUUAUUAUUUAUUAUAUAAAUAUUUUUCCAUACAUUUGUAAAAAAUCAUUGUAUUGUUAUUAAUAUAUUAUAUUUUAUUACAUGUUAAUAUUGUAAGUAAAUGCUAUUUGUGUGCUUAUGGUAAUGAUGCAAUCGACCUUAUCGCAUAUCUGACUUCCAUUGUAUCUAAAUUCAUAAUUAGUUUUAUUACCUUUAAGGUCAUAUUGAAUACAGUUCUACAUUUUGAAUAGCCCAUGAAAUUAUAAUUGUUAACUAUAUUUUUAAAAUUAAAUAUUGCUGCAUCCAUUGAUUAUUAUAAA